GCAUGUAUUAGAAUCAAUCAUAACUUAUCUACCUAAUAGUUUUACCUAAUAGCUGUGAAAAAUACGGUGAAAGAAAAAUGUUAUUUAUGGUAUUAUUUUGUAUAUAAGAAUGCAUGUAUGGUAUUAUAUACAUAAAAAGAGGGCACAAGGAAGAAGAAGCCCAAGUUGAGGUUUGUUGAUGGGAUGAGAGAGACCCUUGUGUUAUCUAUCUACUUAAUUCCCAUCUCAUAUUUUGUUCAUUCUAAGGUCCCUAACUCCCUCUGUGUCUGUCUCUCUCUUUAGCCAAAAAGACUCAGAGCUGAAAUUCUUGCAUUUUUUACGUCUGGGUCUCCAAUGGCGAGCUGGGUCUUAACAGAAUGUGGCCUAAAGCCUCUCCCUAGAGUCUACAUUCGCUGCAGAGACAGACUAGAAUCAAAGACAGCCUUUUCUUCCAAGAUGAGGCUUUUACAAAACAGUAAAAGCCAUUGUCUUGGUUCUUCUUUGAGACUGUUUAGAGGGAACAAUUGGGCUCUAAAUGUGAGUGUUCCAUUGAAUACUGUCACAUCCGUGGGUGAGAAAUAUGAAGAAACAGAGAGUGUUAAUGGGGUGGAAGAUGAUGGUGAAUUAUUUGACCCCGGUUCACCACCUCCUUUUAAUUUGGCUGAUAUCAGAGCAACCAUUCCAAAGCAUUGUUGGGUUAAAGACACUUGGAGAUCUAUGAGCUAUGUUGUGAGAGAUGUUGCGGUGGUUUUUGGAUUGGCAGCUGUUGCAGCUUACUUCAACAAUUGGAUUGUUUGGCCUUUGUACUGGAUUGCACAGGGGACCCUGUUCUGGGCUCUCUUUGUUCUUGGCCAUGAUUGUGGUCAUGGGAGCUUCUCAAAUAACUUUAAUCUCAAUAGCGUGGUGGGACAUAUCCUUCAUUCUUCAAUCCUUGUACCUUAUCAUGGAUGGAGAAUCAGCCACCGGACUCAUCAUCAAAACCAUGGACAUGCCGAAAAUGAUGAAUCUUGGCAACCAUUGUCCGAGAAAAUCUACAAGAGUUUGGAUUAUGUCACCCGAAAAUUGAGGUUUACCUUGCCAUUUCCAAUGCUUGCUUAUCCUAUCUAUUUGUGGGCUCGAACUCCUGGAAAGAAGGGCUCUCAUUACCACCCAAACAGUGAUUUGUUUGUCCCAAAUGAAAGAAAAGAUGUUAUCACCUCAACUGUUUGUUGGACUGCAAUGGUUGGACUACUUAUGUAUUUAAAUUUUGCAAUGGGUCCUCUCCAAAUGCUGAAACUCUAUGGCAUUCCCUACUGGAUAUUCGUAAUGUGGUUGGAUGCAGUGACUUACUUGCAUCACCAUGGCCAUGAAGAGAAACUUCCUUGGUAUCGUGGAAAGGAAUGGAGUUAUCUAAGAGGAGGACUUACAACUCUAGAUCGGGAUUAUGGAAUAAUCAACAACAUCCACCAUGAUAUUGGGACCCAUGUCAUACAUCACCUAUUUCCUCAAAUCCCACAUUACCAUUUGAUAGAAGCUACCGAGGCAGCUAAACCUGUGCUUGGGAAGUAUUAUCGGGAGCCAAAGAAGUCUGGACCUCUCCCAUUACAUCUAUUGGGAACCCUUAUCAGAAGUAUGAAACAAGAUCACUAUGUUAGUGAAACAGGAGAAAUUGUAUAUUAUCAAACAGACCCCGAACUCCAUGGACCCAAUUAAGGUGUCCAUUAAGGUGUCAAAAUGAAGAUCCAAUGCAUCAAAAUGAACUUGUACAUGCUUGGUAAGAAAGAACAAAAAAUUAAAUGAUGGAGAAGAUGCAGAUUUGCAAUAAUGUAUACUUGAUAGGAGGAAAAAAAUAUUGAAAAGAUAAAAACAAAUGUAACUUUCUUUUGUUUGGUUGAGAAGAAAUUAUGUGGAAAGAAACGACAUAUUGUACCAACCCAUUAUUAUAGUCUUUACUACAUAAAAAUAAUGAUUUUUCAUGAUUUUUACAGUUUUGUUACAAA